AUGUCCAAGCCCUUCGUCCCCACCCCUUCGCUCUCGCGUUCGGGCUCGCCGCCGCUGAACCGCUCGGCGUCGUCGUCGUCCAUCUACGCAAACUCGGCAGAGCGCCGCGGCGACGAGGACAAGCAGGCCCUCCUCAUGGCCAACCUCGGCGGCGCGCCCCGCCCCCCUUCGCCUUCCCGCGCCGACAGCCAGGUCGCGCACACUCCUUCAUCCCGCGACCAGGUCCUCCCCAUCAUCAACUACUGCGCCGCGUCCAUGAUGAUGACCGUCGUGAACAAGUAUGUCGUCUCGGGCGAGAACUUCACCAUGACCUUCCUCCUGCUCGCCAUCCAGUCGGCGGUCUGUGUCCUGGCCGUCUGGAGCGUCAAGCGCGCCGGAUUCAUUACCUUCCGUGAGCUUGACAUGAAGGAUGCGCGCGCCUGGUGGCCCAUCUCGUGUCUCCUCGUCGCCGUCAUCUACACUGGUUCCAAGUCCCUGCAAUUCCUCAAUGUCUCCGUCUACACCAUCUUCAAGAACCUGACCAUCAUCAUCAUCGCCUACGGCGAGGUGUUCAUGUUCAACGGCUCUGUGACUGGUCUCACUCUUGCCGCCUUCUCCCUCAUGGUCGGCUCGUCCGUCAUCUCGGCUUGGUCGGACAUUUCCGCCGUCUGGACCGGUACCAUGGACCAGACCACUGGCCGUGAGAUUGCCGUUGCCGCGCACACCCUUGCCGGCAUCAACGUCGGCUACUUCUGGAUGUUCCUCAACUGCCUGUGCUCGGCCGCCUACGUCCUCUUCAUGCGCAAGCGCAUCAAGGUCACCGGCUUCAAGGACUGGGACUCGAUGUUCUACAACAACCUCCUCUCGAUCCCCGUCCUCGUCGUCUUCUCGCUCCUGUUCGAGAACUGGGGCGGCGCGUCGCUCCGUGCCAACUUCCCUCCCGAGAACCGCACCGUCCUCCUCUCGGCCAUUGCUUUCUCUGGCGCCGCCGCCGUGUUCAUCUCGUACUCGACCGCCUGGUGCGUCCGUGUCUGCGGCUCGACCACCUACUCGAUGGUCGGCGCGCUCAACAAGCUCCCCGUCGCCGCAUCGGGCAUGCUCUUCUUCUCCGACCCCGUCACCCCCGGCGGUGUGCUGGCCAUCAGCGUCGGUGGUAUCGCCGGUAUCGUCUACGCCAUUGCCAAGACCAACCAGGCAAAGGUCGAGGCGGCCCAGAAGGCCCGUCUCGCCGCUGGCGGUGGCCCUUAA